AUGGCUGAAUCACAGAAAGCAGACCAUUCAGAGGUGAUUUACGUGUUUGAAUGAAUACCAGCUAGCUAUGAUCUCUUCUGCUAGCUAGUUAUGUUGACCCGCUCCAUCAUUUCCCGCGCAGAUGUUGUUAUCGAAUCAACAAUCUAAAACAAACACUGCACGCUCCAACUUGGUUCUAUUUGAUUCUCCCCAAGUUGGUAUUUGAUUGCAAGCACGAGUUACAAUUUUCCCUCAAUAGCCAUGACACUUGAUCAAUCUGUAAACUGGGUUCUUGACAUUUUCCUGGUCAGGUCACGUAGUAAGGGAAAACUCAGGGCAUUACUUUAUAGGACCAUUACUAAUAGAAUGUUGUUUUUCCUCAGCAUACAGGUGAGCCAGACAAAGAGACAGAGCAGCCAUCUCAGGCUGGAGUAUCAAUGGAUUCCGUGGACCCUGGAGCCUCACACAGCAAUGCACCCACAGCCUUGGCAGAUGGAAACAGUGGGGAUGAUGCUACCAAUGCAGUCAGUGCAAGUUCCUCCUCAAUUAUAGAUAGGGCAGGGGAUGCUGGUAAUUCAGAAACUGUGAGGGAAACAGAUGCAGAGGAUUCACAGAUGGUGGACGAAACUGUAAAAACAGAUGCCUCGCUGACUGUGGGAGAAACGGACAGUAAAGAGGAUGCACAGACGGAAAGAGAAACAGCCAGUGCAGAUGCUUCACAGAUGGAAACAGCCAGUGCAGAUGCUUCACAGAUGGAAACAGCCAGUGUAGACACUUCACAGACGGAAAGAGAAACAGCCAGUGCUGAUGCUUCACAGAUGGAAAUAGCCAGUGCAGAUACUUCACAGAUGGAAACAGCCAGUGCAGAUUCUUCACGGACGGAAAUAGCCAGUGCAGAUGCUUCACAGGCGGAAAGAGAAACAGCCAGUGCAGAUGCUUCACAGACGGAAACAGCCAGUGCAGAUGCUUCACAGACGGAAACAGCCAGUGCAGAUGCUUCACAGACAGAAACAGCCAGUGCAGAUGCUUCACAGACGGAAAGAGAAACAGCCAGUGUAGAUGCUUCACAUAUGGAAACAGCCAGUGUAGAUGCUUCACAGGCGGAAACAGCCAGUGCAGAUGCUUCACAGACGGAAACAGCCAGUGCAGAUGCUUCACAGAUGGAAACAGCCAGUGCAGAUGCUUCACAGACGGAAACAGCCAGUGCAGAUGCUUCACAGACGGAAAGAGAAACAGCCAGUGCAGAUGCUUCACAGACGGAAAGAGAAACAGCCAGUGCAGAUGCUUCACAGACGGAAACAGCCAGUGCAGAUGCUUCGCAGACGGAAACAGCCAGUGCAGAUGCUUCACAGACGGAAAGAGAAACAGCCAGUGUAGAUGCUUCACAGACGGAAAGAGAAACAGCCAGUGUAGAUGCUUCACAGAUGGAAACAGCCAGUGCAGAUGCUUCACAGACGGAAACAGCCAGUGCAGAUGCUUCACAGACGGAAACAGCCAGUGCAGAUGCUUCACAGACGGAAACAGCCAGUGUAGAUGCUUCACAGACAGAAAGAGAAACAGUCAGUGUAGAUGCUUCACAGACGGAAACAGCCAGUGCAGAUACUUUACAGACGGAAAGAGUAACAGCCAGUGUAGAUGCUUCACAGACGGAAAGAGAAACAGCUAGUGCAGAUGCUUCACAGAUGGAAACAGCCAGUGCAGAUGCUUCACAGACGGAAAGAGAAACAGCCAGUGUAGAUGUUUCACAGACUGAAAGAGAAACAGCCAGUGCAGACGCUUCACAGACUGAAAGAGAAACAGCCAGUGCCGAUGCUUCACAGACUAAUGGAGAAACUGACAUACCCCUGGACAUGGGAGUAGUGGAUGCUGACGAUGAGAUGGAGGUCAAUGCUAUCAAAGUGGAGGAUGACCAGAUGCAGGAGGAAGACAACUUGGAGGGGAUGGCUGCGAUAACUGCUGUGGACACUUUUAGCAGCAACUCCCUGGAUCAUGGGGAUGAGGUGGAGAAGAUGGACACGGGGACAGACUCACUGACAGAGAAUGAGGUAGAGGAGCCCAGCAAGACCGGGCCAGUGGACAACACUGAUUCCAUGCCUUCUAUCAUGGAUACAGGUAAGAAGAGACUGUUGCCUGCAACUUUUUGUUGUCUAUAUGACCUUAGGAUCAGGAUUGUCAAUUGUUUCCGUAGUUUGCUGAAUUAAUUUAUUCAGAUUGUAUUUGUUUGUGAUUUACGGGUGUGUUGCUACCCUAAACACUUUGCUAUCUUGCUUGACACUGUACUCCAUUGCUGCUGGAAUGCCCCAGUGUUGAAAGUCCUAUGAGUUCAAACACAUUACCUUACACACACUAUCCCACCUCUCAAACAUAAAGUCUCCAUGACAGGAGACACCGAGCAACCUGCUGAGCAGACCAGCUUUGAGAAGGCUAGCGGCUCGUCUCCGCCUAUGGAGGAGGACCAAUCUGAAGAUGUCAAACCGUUUCACCCCAGUCCCACCUCCUCUAGCGAAGCUAUUCACCCACAGAACAGUAAAGGUGAGAGGCCACAAGGGUCAGUCUUUGGAAUAUACGGUCUUUGGCUGCAUAAUGUUCCGACAUGACCCGAAUACCUGAAUGUUAGUGUGGUCCCUCACAAUAUUCAGAUGCUAAUGAGUGCACUGCUAUUCCUCAGUAAUGGUUUUACAGUUUGUUUGGUUUUUAAAAUUCACAAGCUGAAUGACCUGUUGUUUUGCAGGCACUGACAGUCCUGCAGGGCUGGAGAAUGGAGUCGCAGGACAGCCAGUCAAAGUUGUGGAUGUGAGUAUCCUCUCUCAUCACAAACGAUAGAAGAGGGAAUUCAUUUCCGCCCAAGUGACUAGACAAGCUUAAGCGUGGCAGAAAUCUGGUCACUGCUUAUGAGUGUUAAAGAUUUUCAGGUGUUGCGAAGGCUUUGUCAGAAUACCUGUGUAAUAGAUGUCCUAUAACCAUUCACAUUAACUCACAUGAUUCCAUCUACAAUCCUCCUAUUGAAUGUUACAUGCUGUUGUUGAAUGUUCUCUGCAGUCGACCCAGUCUGCCCAGCCGGCAGCUGAGCCUGUGUCCACCAGCGCUGACACCAUCUCCAUGGUGAAGGUGAAGGAUGAGCCCGUAGACGAGGAGUAUGAUCAGGCCCUGGCUCCAGCGGUCCUCUCAGAGGGCGUCAAGGAUGAACCAGACGCAGCAGAGGUACGACAUCUCUAAACUCACUGGUCCUCAGCAACAGCCAAGUCCUAACUGGACAUUUCUGUUGUGAGUUACAUCAAAGUCAUCCGUUGACAUCAAUGCAUAUAGAGUUGAAGUCGGAAGUUUACAUACACUUAGGUUGGAGUCAUUAAAACUUGUUUUUCAACCACUCCACAAAUUUCUUGUUAACAAACUAUAGUUUUGGCAAGUCGGUUAGGACAUCUACUUUGUGCAUGACACAAGUAAUUUUUCCAACAAUUGUUUACAGACAGAUUAUUUCACUUAUAAUUGACUGUAUCACAAUUCCAGUGGGUCAGAAGUUUACAUACACUAAGUUGACUGUGCCUUUAAACAGCUUGGAAAAUUCCAGAAAAUGAUGUCAUGGCUUUAGAAGGUUCUGAUAGGAUAAUUGACAUCAUUUGAGUUAAUUGGAGGUGUACCUGUGGAUGUAUUUCAAGGCCUACCUUCAAACUCAGUGCCUCUUUGCUUGACAUCAUGGGAAAAUCAAAAGAAAUCAGCCAAGAACAGAACAAAAAUUGUAGACCACUACAAGUCUGGUUCAUCCUUGGGAGCAAUUUCCAAACGCCUGAAGGUACCACGUUCAUCUAUACAAACAAUAGUACGCAAGUAUAAACACCAUGGGACCACGCAGCCGUCAUACCGCUCAGGAAGGAGAUGCGUUCUGUCUCCUAGAGAUGAACGUACUUUGGUGCGAAAAGUGCAAAUCAAUCCCAGAACAACAGCAAAGGACCUUGUGAAGAUGCUGGAGGAAACGGGUACAAAAGUAUCUAUAUCCACAGUAAAACGAGUCCUAUAUCGACAUAACCUGAAAGGCCGCUCAGCAAGGAAGAAGCAACUGCUCCAAAACCGCCAUAAAAAAGCCAGACUACGGUUUGCAACUGCACAUGGGGACAAAGAUCGUACUUUUUGGAGAAAUGUCCUCUGGUCUGAUGAAAGAAAAAAUAGAACUGUUUGGCUAUAAUGACCAUUGUUAUGUUUGGAGGAAAAAGGGGGUUGCUUGCAAGCUGAAGAACACCAUCCCAACGUGAAGCACGGGGUGGCAGCAUUACAUUUACAUUUUAGUCAUUUAGCAGACGCUCUUAUCCAGAGCGACUUACAGUUAGUUUAUUUUUCAUACUGGCCCCCCUUGGGAAUCAAACCCACAACCCUGGCGUUGCAAACGCCAUGCUCUACCAACUGAGCUACAUCCCCGUCAUGCUGUGGGGGUGCUUUGCUGCAGGAGGGACUGGUGCACUUCUCAAAAUAGAUGGCAUCAUGAGGAAGGAAAAUUACGUGGAUAUAUUGAAGCAACAUCUCAAGACAUCAGUCAGGAAGUUAAAGCUUGGUCGCAAAUAGGUCUUCCAAAUGGACAAUGAUCCCAAGCAGACUUCCAAAGUUGUGGCAAACUGGCUUAAGGACAAAAGUCAAGGUAUUGGAGUGGCCAUCACAAAGCCCUGACCUCAAUUCUAUAGAAAAUGUGUGGGCAGAACUGAAAAAGCGGGUGCGCGCAAUGAGGCCUACAAACCUGACUCAGUUACACCAGCUCUGUCAAGAGGAAUGGGACAAAAUUCACCCAACUUAUUGUGGGAAGCUUGUGGAAGGCUACCCAAAACGUUUGAACCAAGUUAAACAAUUUAAAGACAAUGCUACCAAAUACUAAUUGAGUGUAUGUAAACUUCUGACCCACUGGGAAUGUGAUGAAAUAAAUAAUAGCUGAAAUAAAUAAUUCUCUCUACUAUUAUUAUUUCACAUUCUUAAAAUAAAGUGGUGAUCCUAACUGACCUAAGACAGGGCAUUUUUACUAGGAUUAAAUGUCAGGAAUUGUGAAAAACUGAGUUUAAUGUAUUUGGAUAAGGUGUAUGUAAACUUCCGACUUCAACUGUAGUUCAAGCUGUGUGUGUAUUUGAACCCAAAUCCUGUGUGCAUGUUAAAUGUAUGUCACCUUUGUUAUUUACAGGAGUUGAAAAUCAGUAACGUCUUCUCUGUGGGCGGCGCCCCUACUACGAACGGUGAGCAGGGCACUUUAAUAUUAACCUGGCUGCAGGUUUUUUCUGGAUCAGGAAGGGGCUUAGGUGGUGGGCGUGGCAGGGGGCGUGGUCGGCCUGUAGGCGCAGCUGAAUUUUGGAGAACAUUUUAAAGGCCCUUAUCUUGGCGGUGUAGAGAAAGUGUUAAAAUUUUUUAUCAAAUUUCCUGCAAUUCUACGAUUUCCUCCAUGGAUCUGAGAUACAUUUUUGCAGUUUUAAAGCAAAUUUCCUGUGAUUAUACAUAUUCUGCCAUGGAUCUGAGAAAGAACUUUGCAGGUUUAAAGCUUAUUUCCUGCAAUUCUAUGCAUUUUGCCAUGGUUAAUGCUGUGCUCUUUUUCUCAAACAUAAUAACAAAAUGAAUACUGCUAAAUUAAUUGUAUUUGGAAUUUUAAAUUCUCCUUCACUGUCUAGCUUUUAUUUGUUAGUUCUCAAAGAUUAUGUAAUAAAAAAGUAUACAGGUCAUUUAUCUUUUCUACAUGCUUUUAUAUCUGGUUUUAGUCGUUUAAAUUUGCACUGAAAGUGUUUUUAAUAUCCCCAAAAUUGAUAAAAAAAUAAACUUUAUUUUCAAAAACAUUUUACACUGUUUGGAGUUAGGCAAGCCCGCCCAAGUAUUUCCAUGGCAGAAAAGUCCCUGGGCUUUGGAGUUGAUUUUUAUAGUCUACCGCAAGCUCUCCAGGAGCAACAUUUGACUGACUACCCCACCUUACAGAUGAUACCUUUCUCUCAUCCCCCCUUCCCUCAAUCUCCACCGAUCCUCUCCAUCCCUCUCUCCACUAUUAUCCACAGCCACAUCCACGCCAGUGGCCGCCCUCCCCAAGACUGUAAUGCCUGCCCCGGCCUCCUCCUCCAUCCCUCCGCUGAUCCCCAUGGCUAUGCGGGUCGCCUGCUCGGCUUGUAAAAAAGUGCUGCUGAAGGGCCAGACAGCCUACCAGAGGAAGGGCUCCUCGGACCUCUUCUGCUCCACGUCCUGCCUCACCUCCUACAGCCCCCCGCCCGUCGUCAAGAUGACUGCCCCCGGCUCAGCCAAGAAACCCUGCCACUACUGCCUCAAGUGAGUCCGGCUGUUGUCAUGCCAAUGGCGUAUGUAGAUAAUGAAUUAAGAAAAUAUAAAGGAAUGUAAAUAAGAAGACUUCUGACAUUGCUAAACUAUUUCCAAAGGUAAAUUAUGUUUUUAUUAAUUUAUUAUCCCCCCUCAGGGAGAUUGCUAACCCCAAGGACGUGAUCACAGCUCCUGUGGACACCAUGGGCACGGUGAAGGACUUCUGUAGCCAAACCUGCCUCUCCUCCUUCAACUUCAAGAGGAACUCUGCCGUAUCCACCCUCUCCUCCUCCCUUUCCACCAUGACGGGGGCCGUCAAGUGCAGCAUGUGCAAGAAGGCCUGCAUUGUAAGUGACUUAAGGUCUUUGAGCGUUUCAGUGUGGUAGUCACCUGAAGUAACAAAAUUGGCAAUCUAAAAGUGGUGAUGUCAGAGCUGACAGGGAAGUGAACAAUUUUGAUUAAUUACACUUUUAUAGUGGGCCGACACCACAGAGAUAUACUUGAUAUAAUAAAGUAUAAAACUGGACUUCCUUGGCUGCUUUUGCCUUUAACCUUUUUCCUGCAGCUCUUCCAUUGUCGUCUAGUCUCAACAUCUACUCCUUGUUCUCUUCCCACACAGAGUAAACAUGAGGUGAUCUUCCAGGGCAGCAUGCACAAGCUGUGCAGCGAGGUGUGCUUCACGCGCUUCCGCUCCACCAACAAGCUGUCCAUGAACAGCUGCCAGAGCUGCAACAACUACUGCUACGGCAAGGUCACCGUGCUGGUCGUGCAGGGGGUCAAUAAGACCUUCUGCAGCGUCGGCUGUGUCUCCACCUUCAAACAGGUAAGAAUGGGAUCCCUGAGAUGCAGGUCACGCAGUCAGGAGAAGCUGUUGGAUUGUAACUAGGGCUUUUUCUAAAAACGGUUACGAUCUGUCAAAACCUUGCUUCCGCCUCCCUUGUUUUCUCAAUUCCUCUCAAAGCUCUCGGAGGAGGAGGUCUGAGGGAGGAACCUUGGAUCUUCUCCUCCAGUACGUAAGAACCAUCUACCUGUAAGUUCAAGCAAGCAAAAGUAGUCACUCCUUUGUGGUCGGUCUGGUUUUUCAGAAAACUAAGAAGCCUGUGGCAUGUACUAUGUGCCGCAACUUCCGCGCACCGGUGGAGAUGGUUGAGAGCGCCGACUCUGACGGCAAGCUGGAGAUGUUCUGCUCUACUGGUUGUGUUACAGCCCACAAAGUGCAGACCGUCAGCUCCUCAGGUAUAGUUAGGCUAACCACCUCCGCAGCAUAAACACCUCACUGUCACAAACACGCACUCAUUCACACUCACUCUCUCCUCUCUCUCACUAACUUAUUCAUUCACUUACACACACUUUGUUUAAAGCAUGCACUCAUGCAUAUACAUUCAUAACACUCAUUCCUUCAUUUCAACCCAGGUGCUCGGGUAGAAUGCAACACCUGUGGUCAGAAGACGGUGCCCUCCUUCCACCUAGCCAUGUCGGACGGCUCCAUCCGGAACUUCUGCACCAUGAACUGUGUCGUCACCUUUCAGGUAACUCCUCCUCUGGAUUAAUUAAUUAGCUCAGUUGAAACGUUGAAUUAGAAUAUAAAUAUUGAAAAGACGGCAACUUAAUGUCCUUCAAUUUUAUUAAUUGCGGCUCUGAUAACACUUACUUUUCAUAUUUUACACCUCUUUUACCCUGCACUCUACUCUUUGCUGUCCUGCGCUGACACCACAAUGUUAUGUUUCUGUGGCCUGUAGGAUCAGUUCAAUAAGAGCAACACCCAAAGCCAGAUGAAUGUGGCCCCCAGCACAGGGUCCACAGCUCCGCCCGAGGCCCCGGCCCAGACCAGGGACAAGGGAUCCCAAGGGACCAGACUGCCCUGUUUCCAGUGCCACCGCCUCUUCUCCUCUAAGCCCGAGCUCAUUCAGUUCAAGGUUACCUAUAUGGUGUUACCUUUCUCUGCGUCUAUCCCAUCUCUCAUUCUGACUCUUCUCUUUGCCUUUCCCUCUUUGUCCAUUUUGUUGAACUCCCUCUCACAAACACACCUCACCUCUAUUUAGGUUGACAACCUCCCUCUUAAUGCUGCUAUAGAAUUGAUUGAAUGUGUGUGUCUGUGCAACCCUACAGGAUAAGAUGGUAUUCCUCUGUUCGGUAAAUUGCUCGGAGGAGUACAGAAAGAUAAACUACGAGAUGGCACGCUGCGAGUACUGCAAGAUUGAGAAGCCAGCCAAGGAGGUCAAGCGAAUCAACAAGAGAGACUACAUCUUCUGCAGCGAAGGUUAGGAGGGUGAUACAUACAUGGUCUUUAACCUUUUGCUGCAGUGGGCUGAAUCAAGUUCGCACCGUGUUCCUUGGUAGUCUUAAACAAAUCUUCUUUGAAACAAAAGUAUACACCUCACACACAUGGUUAUGAGCUUAAAAAAAGAAUACAGCUAAAAAAAGAAUACACGGACCAUGUCAGAUAUCAUGUAUUCAAUUUUGAGUUUGCAUCCCAAUAUUACGCUUUAUAUACGCCACAGAAAAGACUGAAAUAUAACAAACCCGUUUGACAUAGGAACACCGGAUUUUCUGCAAAAACAAAAAGUGUAUUAAUUAUGACAAAUAUUAAUAGCAUUCUACCCAUGAGGCCACUAGAGGGCGAUUUGGUAAUUUGACUGCAGGAAAGGGUUUUAAUAGGUCUGCUGCCUUGAGGUAUUAUUGAAACAUUUUGGUUACCUUUGUCAUCAUAACACUAAAUAAAUUGACACACCCAACAAGUCACUUCUUCUACUUUUGUCAUCAUGUCAUGACUUAUGUCUAUCAGUAAUAGGUAUUUAGUCUUUAUUUGGAAGAUCAUACUGUACCCCUUGAGGCAUUGCAGUCUUUGUUGAACCUGUGUUAUACGUGAGUAUAGGCGGAGUGUGACAGGCAGAAGCAGUGAGGACCUAGAUGUGAGUUGGUUAGCACGACAAGGCAAAAGAUGGCAAAAGACCUAACAAUUAUAUAUGUAUUAGUAGUUUUAGCCAGUUAGUGCUGCUGCGCCUAAUCGCUCUGUCAUCCAAACUGCUUCUCCUUUUUAAUUGCCAUGUUGAGUGUGAUUUAGCAAACCUUAAACUGUUUGCGAAUCCAAAUCGUCACACUGUAUUGGACUAAGGUAUGCAAUUAGGACUGAGCUGGUGCUAAACGAACAUCUCAACAAUAAAACAGAGACACAGCCUAGAGAGAAGAUGUUUGGGCUCCAGAAGCAGAUCAGGCAACUAGAGCCAAUGGCUACAGAUGGGACAUCUGGGCAAUAGUACAUCUGGUGCAUUACACGACCACACCCCCAGUUACCCAUGUUCUGCUGUUAAGAGAGUGUUCAGACUAGUGGCCAUGCAUAAACCUAUUUCAACCUAGAAAGUUUUACCUAUCUGGGGACUAGGCAAACUAGAGACAGAUCUGGGACAACAACUAGAGACGAUCUGGGACAUAGACAACUAGGACAGAUCUGGGACACAAGACAACACCAGUUAGACAGUUCUCAGUAUAACAGAGCCAAUGUUCCAGGCUAGUGGUCAAAAUGGGCCCAUAAAUCCCUAUUUCAGUGCCUACGUUUACAAGGGCCCAUUGGGGUCAGUGUGCCCCAUAGGGUCAAAACUAUUGCGCUAUAAAGGGGAUAGGGUACCAUUCAGGAGGUUUAGUCUUUGGACUGUACCACUGUUGCCAGACUGGUUUGUUCAUCUCCACCAGAGCUCUCUGUUUAUCUAAAGAGAACAGAAAACACACCACUGACUGAUGUUACUACACCCUGUUAGUUACUACAGCCACAGUGAGUCAAUGCAGGUCUAGCUACAGCCACAGUGAGUCAAUACAGGUUGGAUGUUUAUGACAGUGACAUUCUUUAAGACAGUCCCAAAUGGCACCCUAAUCCCUACAUACUACACUCCCUUUGACCAGAGCCCCAUGGGUCUAUAUGCCUUGGUCAAAGGGAGUGCCAUUUGGGACUUAGAGUCUGUACAUGCCAUGAUGAGAGACAGAUGUUGAGGUGACGUUGUGUCUGUGUGAGGCAAAACUACAGGUGACUAUUUUUACACCAAUCACAGUCGGAGUCCGUCAGAUCAGGCAGAGAUAGAAUAUUAGGGCACUUGUGGUUGAGAUGAGAUGGUUGAUGGUGGUUGGUUCCAGGUGGUGCUGGAGCAGGGCUCUGGUCAGUUGACUGGGGGGUCUCUGAUACGAACACUACCAUCCUCCAUCCCAAAGUACACCCACUCUGUCAUCCCCACAAACAGACCUGUCUCUACCACACCUGGUAUCAUCUUUAUAGCUGUAUUAACCUCCUUCCAAUCGUGAGCCAACAUGUUUUCAGCACUUUUAUUUCCAUGACUGAUCAAAACUCAUUUUCUCAUGCUCUCUCUCGUCUCUCUGCAGCAGACAUUCAGUAUAGUGAGCCAUAUGUUUGGCACAUCGAAUCGCAAAAAAUCACAGUAUCGAAUCGCAAUAAAAUCACAGUAUCGAAUCGCAAUAAAAUCACAGUAUCGAAUCGCAAUAAAAUCACAGUAUCGAAUCGCAAUACAUAUAGAAUCGUGAGAAUCACAAUGCGUAUUGUAUCGGCACCUAAGUAUCGUGAUAAUAUCGGAUCGAGAGGUCCCUGGCAAUUCCCCAGCUCUAGUCAUGUCAUGGCUAUCCGUAAUAAGCAUUUAUUUUUUAUUUGAAAGACUAUUCUGAUCAUCAUAGUCGACCUGAUAAGAAUUCUGACUUGGCGGACAAAGCUUAACUUCCCUGUCUUUCUCCCCUCUUUCCUCCAUACCCAGGCUGUAAGCUGCUGUACAAGCACGACCUGACCAAGCGCUGGGGGAAACACUGCAGAAACUGUGCAUACUGCGCCUCCACUGCGCAGAAGGCAGUCACGGGCCAGUACGGGGGAAAGAUGGAGGAGUUCUGCUCGGACGAGUGCAAGUCCCACUACACCUUGCUCUUCUGCCAGGUAAGAGAAGGAACCACGCUAAGGAACCGAACAAGACACCUAGGGCUCAAUGAGGCUCAAUCAUUAGAAGUAGUCUCCUGUGCAUGUGUCCUUCUUGUCUUUAACACUGAUCUGAAAAGACUAGAAAAUACUAAUUUUUCUAAAAAAGACUUGUCUGCAAAUACUACCAGACAUUCUGCUUAGAUUACUGUACAGUUCUCUCAUAUUAGUGCAGGAGGAGAGAAAAAGGUGGGGAUAGGAAACCACAUUCAUUUGAUGAGUGAAUUAAUUGAACUUGUCAAAUGGUACAUCCAAUAUGGCAAGUGGAAUAGCAGUUAUAUGAAUUCUUAUUCUAUGAGGUACGCUCUAACUGCUAUUUCUACAUCAUGAUUGUCUCCUCUCUCAGGUGGCUAAGUGUGAUGCGUGCGAGCGUCAGGGGAAGCUGAUUGAGACCCUGCCGAUGCUGGGCGAGGUGAAGCACUUCUGCAACCUCCAGUGUCUGCUCCAGUUCUGCAGCCUGCAGACCCAGAACCAGGGCAAGCCCCAAGGCCAAAAGGGUAAGAUUGAUAUAAUACAGUGGGGAGAACAAGUAUUUGAUACACUGCCAAUUUUGCAGGUUUUCCUACUUACAAAGCAUGUAGAGGUCUGUAAUUUGUAUCAUAGGUACACUUCAACUGUGAGAGACGGAAUCUAAAACAAAAAUCCAGAAAAUCACAUUGUAUGAUUUUUAAGUAAUUAAUUUGCAUUUUAUUGCGUGACAUAAGUAUUUGAUACAUCAGAAAAGCAGAACUUAAUAUUUGGUACAGACACCUUUGUUUGCAAUUACAGAGAUCAUACGUUUCCUGUAGGUCUUGACCAGGUUUGCACACACUGCAGCAGGGAUUUUGGCCCACUCCUCAAUACAGACCUUCUCCAGAUCCUUCAGAUUUCGGGGCUGUUGCUUGGCAAUACGGACUUUCAGCUCCCUCCAAAGAUUUUCUAUUGGGUUCAGGUUUGGAGACUGGCUAGGCCACUCCAGGACCUUGAGAUGCUUCUUACAGAGCCACUCCUUAGUUGCCCUGGCUGUGUGUUUCGGAUCGUUGUCAUGCUGGAAGACCCAGCCACGACCCAUCUUCAAUGCUCUUACUGAGGGAAGGAGGGUGUUGGCCAAGAUCUCGGGAUACAUGGCCCCAUCCAUCCUCCCCUCAAUACGGUGCAGUCGUCCUGUCCCCUUUGCAGAAAAGCAUCCCCAAAGAAUGAUGUUUCUACCUCCAUGCUUCACGGUUGGGUUGGUGUUGUUGGGGUUGUACUCAUCCUUCUUCUUCCUCCAAACACGGCGAGUGGAGUUUAGACCAAAAAGCUCUAUUUUUGUCUCAUCAAACCACAUGACCUUCUCCCAUUCCUCCUCUGGAUCAUCCAGAUGAUCAUUGGCAGACGGUGCCUAUUGUCCUGUAGCCCAUCCCAGCCUUGUGCAGGUCUACAAUUUUAUCCCUGAUGUCCUUACACAGCUCUCUGGUCUUGGCCAUUGUGGAGAGGUUGGAGUCUGUUUGAUUGAGUGUGUGGACAGGUGUCUUUUAUACAGGUCAUGAGUUCAAACAGGUGCAGUUAAUACAGGUAAUGAGUGGAGAACAGGAGGGCUUCUUAAAGAAAAACUAACAGGUCUGUGAGAGCCGGAAUUCUUACUGGUUGGUAGGUGAUCAAAUACUUAUGUCAUGCAAUAAAAUGCAAAUGAAUUACUUAAAAAUCAUACAAUGUGAUUUUCUGGAUGCUAUAGCACAUUGUAAUGUGUCAUCAUAGUAUAUUACAUGUCAGUUAUUUUUUUACAUGUCAUUAUGUUGCCUGUUCACAGCUCAUGUUUUGAAAGAGGUACACAAAUUGUCAUACAGACUUGGAGUCCCACCCCUAUUAACGUUUUGGGGGAAUUACUUGAGUGUGUCAGAAGUUCCUCGUUUUAUCAUCACAACUAUUUCUAAGUAACAAAUAAACCUUAACUGCAACUUCCUGUUCUGUUCUGACUAGCCUUCAUCCCCCUGUAUAUCACAGUAAAGACAUUGUAAAGAAAGUCUACACCCCCUUGAACUUUUUUAACAUUUUGUUGCGUUAAAGUGGGAUUUAAAUAUUAAUUGUAAUUUUUUAUCAUUGAUCUACACAAAAUACUCCAUAAUGUCAAAGUGAAAAGAAAAUUCUACACAUUUUUACAAAUGAAUAAACAUUAAAUAACUAAAAUGUAGUCGUUGCAUAAGUUUUCACCCUCUUUGUUUAGGCAAGCCUAAAUUUGUUCAGAAGUAAAAUUUGGCUUAGCAAAUCACAUAAGUUAUAUGGACUCACUCUGUGAAAUUAUAGGGGUUGACAUGAUUUUUGAAUGACUGCCCCUUCCUCUGUCCCCAUACAUACAUCUAUAAGGUCCCUCAGUCAAGUAUUGAAUUUCAAGCACAGAUUAAACUACAAAGGCCAGGGAGCUUUUCGAAAGCCUCAUAUAGAAGGGCAGUGAUUGGUCGAUGGGUAACAAUAACCAAUCGGACAUUGAAUAUAUAUUUUAAGCAUGGUCCAUUUUUUUAUAAUUAUAAUGUGGAUGAUGUAUUAAACCACCCAGACACAUCAAAGUCGUCCUUCUGAACUGCUUAGGGAUGUCAACAUGAGGCCAUUGGUGAUUUUAAAACAGCUACAGAGUUUCAUGGCUGUAAUGGGAGAAAACUGAGGACGGAUCAACAACAUUGUAGUGUCUCCACAAUAAUGACCCAAAUAACAGUGUGAAAAGAAGACUAAAGUAAUACUGAGAAGAGAAAAAAAACGCAAAGGAAUACCCUUUUUGGCCUAAUGCAAAGCCUUAUGUUUGGGGCAAAUCCAACACAUCACUGAGUAACUUCCUCCUUAUUUCCAAGCAUGGUUUGGGUAUGUUUGACAGGAUGAAAAGAAACGGGAUGGAGCUAAGCACAGGCUUUACAGCAGACACUGGAAGAGGAAUUCACCUUUCAGCAGGACAAUAACCUACAACACAAAGCCAAAUCUACACUGGAGUUGCUUACCAAGUAGACAGUGGAUGUUCCUGAGUGGCCAAGUUACAGUUUUGACUUAAAUCUGCUUGCACUACUAUGGCAAGACUUGACUAUUGCUGUCGAGCAAUGAUCCCCAACACCUUGAUAGAGCUUGAAGAAUUUUGAAAAGAAUAAUGGACAAAUAUUGCACAAUCCAGGUGUGCAAAGCUCUUAGAGACUCACCCAAGAAGACUCACAGCUGUAGUCGCUGCUAAAGGUGUUUCUAACAUAAACUGCUCAAAAAAAUAAAGGGAACACUAAAAUAACACAUCCUAGAUCUGAAUGAAUGAAAUAAUCUUAUUAAAUACUUUUUUCUUUACAUAGUUGAAUGUGCUGACAACAAAAUCACACAAAAAUUGUCAAUGGAAAUCAAAUGUAUCAACCCAUGGAGGUCUGGAUUUGGAGUCACCCUCAAAAUUAAAGUGGAAAACCACACUACAGGCUGAUCCAACUUUGAUGUAAUGUCCUUAAAACAAGUCAAAAUGAGGCUCAGUAGUGUGUGUGGCCUCCACGUGCCUGUAUGACCUCACUACAAUGCCUUGGCAUGCUCCUGAUGAGGUGGCGGAUGGUCUCCUGAGGGAUCUCCUCCCAGACCUGGACUAAAGCAUCCGCCAACUCCUGGACAGUCUGUGGUGCAACGUGGCGUUGGUGGAUGGAGCGAGACAUGAUGCCCCAGAUGUGCUCAAUUGGAUUCAGGUCUGGGGAACGGGCGGGCCAGUCCAUAGCAUCAAUGCAUUCCUCUUACAGGAACUGCUGACACACUCCAGCCACAUGAGGUCUAGCAUUGUCUUGCAUUAGGAGGAACCCAGGGCCAACCGCACCAGCAUAUGGUCUCACAAGGGGUCUGAGGAUCUCAUCUCGGUACCUAAUGGCAGUCAGGCUACCUCUGGCGAGCACAUGGAGGGCUGUGCGGCCCCCCAAAGAAAUGCCACCCCACACCAUGACUGACCCACCGCCGAACCGGUCAUGCUGGAGGAUGUUGCAGGCAGCAGAACGUUCUCCACGGUGUCUCCAGACUCUGUCACAUGCUCAGUGUGAACCUGCUUUCAUCUGUGAAGAGCACAGGGCGCCAGUGGUGAAUUUGCCAAUCUUGGUGUUCUCUGGCAAAUGCCAAAUGUCCUGCACGGUGUUGGGCUGUAAGCACAACCCCCACCUGUGGACGUCGGGCCCUCAUACCACCCUCAUGGAGUCUGUUUCUGACCGUUUGAGCAGACACAUGCACAUUUGUGGCCUGCUGGAGGUCAUUUUGCAGGGCUCUGGCAGUGCUCCUCCUGCUCCUCCUUGCACAAAGGCGGAGGUAGCGGUCCUGCUGCUGGGUUGUUGCCCUCCUAUGGCCUCCUCCACGUCUCCUGAUGUACUGGCCUGUCUCCUGGUAGCGCCUCCAUGCUCUGGACACUACGCUGACAGACACAGCAAACCUUCUUGCCACAGCUCGCAUUGAUGUGCCAUCCUGGAUGAGCUGCACUACCUGAGCCACUUGUGUGGGUUGUAGACUCCGUCUCAUGCUACCACUAGAGUGAAAGCACCGCCAGCAUUCAAAAGUGACCAAAACAUCAGCCAGGAAGCAUAGGAACUGAGAAGUGGUCUGUGGUCACCACCUGCAAAACCAGUCCUUUAUUGGGGGGUGUCUUGCUAAUUGCCUAUAAUUUCCACCUGUUGUCUAUUCCAUUUGCACAACAGCAUGUGAAAUUUAUAGUCAAUCAGUGUUGCUUCCUAAGUGGACGGUUUGAUUUCACAGAAGUGUGAUUGACUUGGAGUUACAUUGUGUUGUUUAAGUGUUCCCUUAAUUUUUUUGAGCAGUGUAUAUUGACUCAGAGAGGUGAAUACUUAUCUGAUCAAGUUUUAUUUUUCAUUAAUCUAAAUUUUGUGGGGGAAUUUCUCUUUCACUUUGACACUAGAGUAUUUUGUGUAGAUUGUUGACAAAAAAUGACAAUUAAAUCAAUUUUAAUCCCACUUUGUAAUGCAAUAAAAUGUGCUGAAAUCCACAGGGGGUGUAUACUUUCUAUAGGCACUGUAUAAUAAUGACUGCAACAUUUAUCUCUCUCUCUCUUCCACGUAUCCUUCCAGUGGCCAUCUCAAUCGCUCCAUCCCCCUCCAAUACUACCACUGCUACGAGUGUGUCUGAUCCAGUCAUCGCCAACGUAGUCUCACUAGCCAGCUCCCCCACUGGCCAGCCCAACUACUCCAACACUGCCCUGCAAGGUAUGCACACACACACUCUGUUACCAGUUACUGUAUACACACUGGGAUACACACGAGGUGUUAUACACUAUCAAGUGUAACCGGAGAGUGUGCAACCUGAGUGUUCAACUAUCUGUUAUCAUCUCUUUGAAUAGGUUUAAGGUGUCAUUGCUAGUAGUGUAGCCUGUUGACACCCAUUAAGGUGCAGGUUAAUUACAGCUGAUUUAGAUUGAUAAGUUAUCUUAUUAGCAGGCCUGACUGACUGGCUGUGGUGUUUUUAUACUGACUCAUGCUCUGUUGCUUCAUGACAGGGACUGUUCCCAGCAGACAUGUGAAGUAUGUUGGAAAUGUAAGUUGUGCAUAUGCGUUCUUUUGUCUAUAUUUGUCUAUAUGUUUAUGUAUUAUACAUAUGGGGGCGAAUUGUAACUUCCACUUAAUGUGACUUUAAUGCAGGAAAACUGAAAUCCAUUUAACCUAAUUUCUACCAGCAUGUCACCUUUGCAACUAGAGGCGGAAAAAACUCUAGAUCACCUUUACUCCACACUAGAGGUUGACACAGGAACAGGACUUCCGUCGGUCUGUCGGGUCCCACGGGAUUCUGGCAGGAGUGGGAGUGAAGUUCUAGAAUCAAGUUCAGGACAGUCCACAGGAGUGGGCACUACAGGAAUAGUUAUAAACAUAGUUUUCUUUGGCGGGGGGGUGUUGUAGAAAUAUGGAACGUGUGGAGCAUUUCAUAAAAAUAACUGUCUAGGCUAAUAUAGUUUACUUAAUAUAUAUAUAUAUAUAUAUGGUCAUUUCCCCCCUCCCCUUCCGUCGGCUCACUCUUGUGCGCCUUGCUCCAGUUGUAGCUAGUCACUACUUUACCCAUUAACUUUACCUCAGAUGCACAGGAGAUACUCAAAUGUCCAUAUCAUGAGUUCAUCAGACUCUGGGUAAGUAGAAGGGCUGCCUUUAUUGCCAUAUUCUUGUAAUAUGGUUGUUAUCAGCUGUGUGCACUGUGCAGGCAACUGUCUCGUAAGCGCUGAGCAGCAGCCAAAUGGAGCAGGUGCUUUGGCUACUCCCACGCAGAGCGCAAUAUUGCGUUAGUGGAUACUCGCACUGCUCUCAGGGCAGGUCUGCCAGUUUUGACUAGCAGAAGUGACUUUUCGUAAAAGGUUAGGUGAACUUACACAGCAGGUUGGAUGAAUUAACUUGGCGUGUUAGGAGAAUUAGGUUAGGGUUAUCUAAAAUGCAAAAAUUGUCCCCCACGCGACUCAAACAUAUCUAGCUACAACCAGGCCUGCCAUGAGAGCAGUCUUGGUUUCCACUAAUGCGGUUCUGCACGCAGAGCGGGGGACAGACAGACUAGCAGCUAACAGAGGAAGUUAUUUCAGAGGAAAAUGUUUGCAUGGAUCGGGACGUGAGUGAUAUAUAUUGGGACGGGAAAGUAAAGUUCCGGGGUUAUAGAACUGUUGCAUGAUCAGGACAGAAUGAGAAGAAAAUGUAUAGGAAUUACUUUUCAUGCCUGUGUCAACCUCUACUCCACACACAGAGACUCAUACAAAGCUCUACCUCGCCGUCCAUUUGGCAAAUCUGACAUUAACUCUAUCCUCCUGAUUACGGCUUACAAGCAAAAACUCAAACAGGAAGUACCAGUGACACGCUAUAUACGGAAGUGGUCCGAUGCUACAGGACUGUUUCGCUAACAGACUAGAAGACGUUCCGGGAUUAUUCCGAUGGCAUUGAGGAGUUUACCAUAUCAGUCACUGGCUUCAUUAAUAAGUGCAUCGACGAUGUUUGCCCCACAGUGACCGUACGUACAUAUUCCAACCAGAAGCCAUGGAUUACAGGCGACAUCCGCACUGAGCUAAAGUAUAGAGCUACCGUUUUCAAGGAGCGGGACACUAAUCCGGACACUUAUAAGAAAUCACGCUACGCCCUCCGACGAACCAACUGACUCUCGUCGGAUGUGGCAGGGCUUGUAAACUAUCACGGAUUACAAAGGGAAACCCAGCCGCGAACUGUCCAGUGAUGUGAGCCUACCAGACAAACUAAAUACCUUUUUUUAUGCUCGCUUCGAGGCUAGCAGCACUGAACCAUGCAAGAGAGCACCAGAUGUUCCGGACAACUGUGUGAUCACGCUCUCUGUAGCCUAUGUGAGUAAGACCUUUAAACAGGUUAACAUUCACAAGGCCGCAGGGCCAGAUGGAUUUCCAGGACACAUACUCCGAGCAUGCGCUGACCAGCUGACAGGUGUCUUCACUGACAUUUUCAACCUCUCCCUGACCCAGUCUGUAAUACCUACAUGUUUCAAGCAGACCACCAUAGUCCCUGUGCCCAAGAACGCCAAGGUAACCUGUCAUGAAAUGCUUUGAAAGGCUGGUCAUCAACACCAUCAUCCCAGACAACCUGGACCCACUCCAAUUCACAUACCGCCCCAACAGAUCCACAGAUGACUCAAUCUCUAUUGCACUCCACACUGCCCUUUCCCAUCUGGACAAAAGGAACAGCUACGUGAGAAUGCUGUUAAUUGACUACAGCUCAGCGUUCAACACCAUAGUGCCCUCAAAGCUCAUCACUAAGCUAAGGAUCCUGGGAUUAAAAACCUCCCUCUGCAACUGGAUCCUGGUCUUCCUGAUGGGCCGCCCCCAGGUGGUGAGGGUAGGCAACAACACGUCCGCCACGCUGACGCUCAACACGGGGGCCCCUCAGGGGUGCAUGCUUAGCACCCUCCUGUACUCUGUUCACGCACGACUGCGUGGCCGCACACGACUCCAACACCAUUAAGUUUUCGGACGACAUGACAGUGGUAGGCCUGAUCACUGACGACGAUGAGACAGCUCACUCUUGUGCGCCUUGCUCCAGUUGUAGCUAGUCACUACUUUACCCAUUAACUUUACCUCAGAUGCACAGGAGAUACUCAAAUGUCCAUAUCAUGAGUUCAUCAGACUCUGGGUAAGUAGAAGGGCUGCCUUUAUUGCCAUAUUCUUGUAAUAUGGUUUAUCAGCUGUGUGCACUGUGCAGGCAACUGUCUCGUAAGCGCUGAGCAGCAGCCAAACGGAGCAGGUGCUUUGGCUACUCACACGCAGAGCGUGUGUCUGAGACCUCGCAGUGUGGUGCCAGGACAACAACUUCUCCCUCAACGUCAGCAAGUCAAAGGAGCUGAUUGCGGACUACAGGAAACAGAGGGCCGAGCACACCCCCAUCCACAUCAACAGGGCUCUAGUGGACAGGUCGAGAGCUUCUGGUUCCUUGGGUGUCCACAUCACUAAGGAAUUAUCAUGGUCUAGUCCAGUCAUGAAGAGGGCGUGACAACGCCUCUUCGCCCUCAGAAUGCCGAAAAGAUUUGUCAUGGGCCCUCAGAUCCUCAAAGUUCUAUAGCUGCCCCAUUGAGAGCAUCCUGACUGGCUGCAUCACCGCUUGGUAUGGCAACUGCUUGGCAUCCGACCGCAAGGCACUACAAAGGGUUGUGUGUACGGCCCAGUACAUCACUAGGGCCGAGCUCCCUACCAUCCAGGACCUCUAUACCAGGCGGUGUCAGAGGAAGGCCCUAAGAAUUGUCAGACUCCAGACACCCAAGUCAUAGACUGUUCUCUCUGCUACAGCACGGCAAGCGGAACCAACAGGCCCCUGAACAGCUUCCCCAAGCCAUAAGACUUCUAAAUAGUUAGUCCGGCUAGCUAUUGGUUAACUAUUUAACUAUCUGCAUUGACCCUUUUUGCACUUAACUCUUUUGACUCAUCACAUACGCUGUUUAUUAUCUAUCCUGUUGCCUAGUCACUUUAUCCCUACCUAUAUGUACAUAUCUACCUCAAUUACCUCGUACCCCUGCACAUCUACUCGGUACUGGUACCCUGUGUAUAUAGCCAAGUUAUCGUUACUUAUUGUGUAUUUAUUCAUUGUUAUUAUUUUUCUAUUAUUUCUAUUUUUUUCUCUGUAUUGUUGGGAAGAGGCCGUAAGUAAGCAUUUCACUGUUAGUCUACACCUGUUGUUUACGAAGCAUGUGACAAAUAAAAUUUGAUUUGAAGUCGAAUAUUCACUUUAUCUGCAUUUACACAGGCAGCCUAAUUCUGAUCUUUUUCCACUAAUUGGUCUUUUGACCAAUCAGAUCAGAUAUUUUGCAAAUAAUAAUUUAUUACAUUUCUAUAAUUAUUUUCAUAGAAUCUCAAAGUGCUUCAAGUGCAAAAAAACAAACAAGCAAUAUAUAAUGACAGGUCAACCAAUAGAGGCCAAGUCUUUGAAAGCUGCAUCCUCCGAAAAUGGAGAGGGUCAGGUCAUGGCUUGAGCGAAGGGAGCUCGACAGCGGAUGGUAGAUGAUGGUGGGUCUUAAAGCCGCUGGACUUCUCUUCUUCCACUCUGUGUUGCACCCACUUGGUUGAUGCCUCAGCAACUCUGGGCACCAGAAAGCUCACCACACAAAGUUUAGCAUAGUAACCAGUCGUCAUCUCUACGAGCCCUCUGCCUCAGCACUGCUGUAUUCCUCUAUCUCCCAUUCCUCUCACGCUUCAGGCGACUCCUCAAAUUAUGUUCUCAAAAGAUCAGGGAUUGGCAGCCAUGUGAAACAAAAAAGAUGGUACUGUGUCCAGAUGCAUUUUUCAAACAUAGGCCACCAUUUGCCUUGAUGACAGCUUUGCACACUUGGCAUUCUCUCAACCAGCUUCAUGAGGUAGUCACCUGGAAUGCAUUUCAAUUAACAUGUAUGUCUUCUUAAAAGUUAAUUUGAUGAAACUGGCUCUCAUGAGGACCACCACAGGAAUGGAAGACCCAGAGUUAACUCUGCUGCAGAGGAUGAGUUCAUUAGAGUUACCAGCCUCAGAAAUUGCAGCCCAAAUAAGUGCUUCACAGAGUUCAAGUAACAGACACAUCUCAACAUCAACUGUUCAGAGGAGACUGUGUGAAUCAGGUAUUCAUGGUCGAAUUGCUGCAAAGAAACCACUACUAAAGGACAUCUAUAAGAAGAAGAGACCUGCUUGGGCCAAGAACACGAGCAAUGGACAUUUAGACCGGUGGAAAUGUGUCCUCUGGUCUGGAGUCCAAAUUUGAGAUUUUUGGUUCCAACCGCCGUGUCUUUGUGAGACGCGGUGUGGGUGAACGGAUGAUCUCUGCAUGUGUAUUUCCCACCGUGAAGCAUGGAGGAGGAGGGUGUUAUGGUGUGGGGGUGCUUUGCUGGUGACACUGUCUGUGAUUUAUUUAGAAUUCAAGGCACACUUAACCAGCAUGGCUACCACAGCAUUCUGCAGCGAUACGCCAUCCCAUCUGGUUUGGGCUUAGUGGGACUAUCAUUUGUUUUUCAACAGGACAAUGACGCAACACACCUCCAGGCUGUGUAAAGGCUAUUUUACCAAGAAGGAGAGUGAUGGAGUGCUGCAUCAGAUGACCUGGCCUCCAUAAUCCCCCGACAUCAACCCAAUUGAGAUGGUUUAGGAUGAGUCGGACCGCAGAGUGAAGGAAAAGCAGUCAACAAGUGCUCAGCGUAUGUGGGAACUCCUUCAAGACUGUUGGAAAAGCAUUCCAGGUGAAGUUGGCUGAGAGAAGGCCAAGAGUGCAAAGCUGUCAUCAAGGCGCAAAGGGUGGCUAUUUGAAGAAUCUCAGAUAUAUUUUGAUUUGUUUAACAUUUUUUGGUUACUACAUGAUUCCAUAUGUGUUGUUUCAUAGUUUUGAUGUCUUCACUAUUAUUCUACAAUGUAGAAAAUAGUAAAAAUAAAGAAAAACCCUGGAAUGAGUAGGUGUCCAAACUUUUGACUGGUAGUGUAUGCAAUUAAAACUAUUAUCAAAAACAAAAGAGCUGAUAAUUUUUUUUUAUAAUAAAGAAAAACUCCUAAAAGUAACGAAAUAUGUACAAAUGUACAGGAGCUCUGUGCUUUGGCUGCUACUAGGACGCCAUGGCAACUAUAGUCUUAUUCUGUAGAAAAUAAUUGGGCAAAUGAUCAGAAUUGGGCUGCCUGUCUAAUUGCAGCCUAUGUUGUGCAUUUAUGUCAGUGGGAGACUAAGUGAAAUUCAAGUAGAAGUUAGGUUUGGCCCAUGGUUACUAACAGUCUGUCUUCAUUGUGUUUCAGGCCAGCACACAGACACAGCCCCCCCGGGCCCCUCCACCCAGGGCUCAGAAGAACAAGGCCCUGCUCUGCAAACCCAUGGUCCAGAACAAGGGCAUCAUGUGUAAACCCAACUUCACCACCACAGGGUGCCAGACAGGUACAACACCAUACACACACACACACGUAGCCUAUAUACCACACACGGUUGAUAUUAUGUUUUUAUGGUAUAAUGAUGUCAUGCCAUAGUGUUGUGAGGAAGAGUUAAGAGAUGAGUGGUUUGGGGCCAUGAAGUCUACAUUCCAUUAUGUCAAGGUAGAUUAGUGAUGUUUAGGAUAGCAUGAGUGAUGUUUAGGAUACUGACAUGGGGUAAAAAGUUAUGAACAUCAAAGACAGGGAGUGCCCAUGGAGACUUGCCAGAUGUAUGUCAGGAAGAUGGUAAUAGAAGGGUAUAUAAGGUAGUGUUUCCUUUGUUUAAGAGUUCAACUGACGAACGGCAAAGCCAUGUCCGUUUGUUAGAUGAACCCACGAGCUCGUGAUUCAAUAAAUACUUGGUAUGAAAUCUCCACAGAAUGUCUAAGUAUAUCCUUGCAUCCUUGAUUCUUUGAUACCUGAGAAACUCAUCACAACAACGUUUUUUCUUAAAUGUUUGUAUUUAUUAUAAGAAAAUACAAAACAAUAUGAUGGUUUAAAAGGUAAACAAAAAUAACAUGUUUAGGAAUGGUCAAAUUAGGCUUUUAAGGCACUUCCCCCAUUUCAAAUAUUUAUAAAACAAAAAAAAACAAAUGUUUAAGACCAAUGUACAAAUAAUUGGAUAUUUGCACAAAGAAAAAGGAAAACAUGGUGAAAUGAAUGGCUUAUAUGGUAUAGGCCAUUGAAUACAUACAUAUUCAAAGACACACACAUGUAUUUCUUUUUAUCUUGAAAUUGUUUGUUGGUCCACAGAUGAUAAUUUCCCCAAGGUGAUCAUAGUGCCUGUCCCAGUACCAGUGUAUGUCCCAGUCCCCAUGAACCUGUACACCCAGUACACCCCCCAGCCUGUUGGACUCCCCAUACCGGUAUGUUAACAUCCCACAUCUAGCACUACCUAGCCGUCACCUCAGUCAGUCACAUAGUCACACAGAUUUAUCCUCAAAUUCUCUCAAACAAGAGCUGUGUGCUCUGGACUCAUUUGAAACCAACUGCCAUUGAAUAGUAGUUGGAGGUUGGGUGAUACAUGCGCUUGCAGAACAGAAGAGCAACAUGAACAAAGAAUUGCAGCCUCUAGAUUGUUAUGUGAAUUGUUUAACAAACUAUUUCAGUGUCUCUGUGCGUCUCCCAAAAUCAAGAAACGGACAGAGUCCCGGUCUGCAUAGUCAGAGAUGUUUAUUCAUUGAGAAUUCUGCCAUCACAAUUUCAGAGUCCAUCUUUUAUACUCAUACAAAAAUCCCUCCCCUCUUUAGGCGGGCUGUAGUUUUCCACUUUAAAACUGCUCUCCUGACCAUCAGUACACACACACACACAUACACACAAACACACACACAUACAUACAUGCAUACACACACACAUACAGUGGGGGAAAAAAGUAUUUAGUCAGCCACCAAUUGUGCAAGUUCUCCCACUUAAAAAGAUGAGAGAGGCCUGUAAUUUUCAUCAUAGGUACACGUCAACUAUGACAGACAAAAUGAGAUUUUUUUUCUCCAGAAAAUCACAUUGUAGGAUUUUUUAUGAAUUUAUUUGCAAAUUAUGGUGGAAACUAAGUAUUUGGUCACCUACAAACAAGCAAGAUUUCUGGCUCUCACAGACCUGUAACUUCUUCUUUAAGAGGCGCCUCUGUCCUCCACUCGUUACCUGUAUUAAUGGCACCUGUUUGAACUUGUUAUCAGUAUAAAAGACACCUGUCCACAACCUCAAACAGUCACACUCCAAACUUCACUAUGGCCAAGACCAAAGAGCUGUCAAAGGACACCAGAAACGAAAUUGUAGACCUGCACCAGGCUGGGAAGACUGAAUCUGCAAUAGGUAAGCAGCUUGUUUUGAAGAAAUCAACUGUGGGAGCAAUUAUUAAGAAAUGGAAGACAUACAAGACCACUGAUAAUCUCCCUCGAUCUGGGGCUCCACGCAAGAUCUCACCCCCCCGUGGGGUCAAAAUGAUCACAAGAACGGUGAGCAAAAAUCCCAGAACCACACGGGGGGACCUAGUGAAUGACCUGCAGAGAGUUGGGACCAAAGUAACAAAGCCCACCAUCAGUAACACACUACGCCGCCAGGGACUCAAAUCCUGCAGUGCCAGACGUGUCCCCCUGCUUAAGCCAGUACAUGUCCAGGCCCGUCUGAAGUUUGCUAGAGUGCAUUUGGAUGAUCCAGAAGAGGAUUGGGAGAAUGUCAUAUGGUCAGAUGAAACCAAAAUAUAAUUUUUUGGGUAAAAACUCAACUCAUCGUGUUUGGAGGACAAAGAAUGCUGAGUUGCAUCCAAAGAACACCAUACCUACUGUGAAGCAUGGGGGUGGAAACAUCAUGCUUUGGGGCUGUUUUUCUGCAAACGGACCAGGACGACUGAUCCGUGUAAAGGAAAGAAUGAAUGGGGCCAUGUAUCGUGAGAUUUUGAGUGAAAACCUCCUUCCAUCAGCAAGGGCAUUGAAGACGAAAUGUGGCUGGGUCUUUCAGCAUGACAAUGACCCCAAACACACCGCCCGGGCAACGAAGGAGUGGCUUCGUAAGAAGCAUUUCAAGGUCCUGGAGUGGCCUAGCCAGUCUCCAGAUCUCAACCCCAUAGAAAAUCUUUGGAGGGAGUUGAAAGUCCGUGUUGCCCAGCGACAGCCCCAAAACAUCACUGCUCUAGAGGAGAUCUGCAUGGAGGAAUGGGCCAAAAUACCAGCAACAGUGUGUGAAAACCUUGUGAAGACUUACAGAAAACGUUUGACCUGUGUCAUUGCCAACAAAGGGUAUAUAACAAAGUAUUGAGAAACUUUUGUUAUUGACCAAAUACUUAUUUUCCACCAUAAUUUGCAAAUAAAUUCAUUAAAAAUCCUACAAUGUGAUUUUCUGGAAUUUUUUUUCUCAUUUUGUCUGUCAUAGUUGACGUGUACCUAUGAUGAAAAUUACAGGCCUCUCUCAUCUUUUUAAGUGGGAGAACUUGCACAAUUGGUGGCUGACUAAAUACUUUUUUCCCCCACUGUACAUACACACACACACACACACACAUGCAUUCCUUAGUUAUUGCCGUCCCCAUACUCCUUAAAAAGCCUAACAGUUUCUCUCCUCCCUACAUUGGGAGGCCUCUUUAUCUUGGUUUCUCAGUUGUCUGUAGACACUUCCCCUUUGUUGUCUGGUCUAACUCUUACUCACAUUGCUAAAUAGUAGCUCAAUGUCAUAGUCUUUACUGGUCCUACACUCACACAUUACCAGGUAGUAGAUUCUAACACAUCUCACACAGUUUCAGAGUGUAAUAAUUAGUCACUACUAAGAAAGUGCUAAUCAUACUUAAAACAAGGACAUUUCACAACUAUAUUUAAGGGUGGAACAUUUAGUCAUUACUUUUAACCUGUAUAUAUUUUAAUUUCUAUAUCACACAUCUAACACUUUAUCUGUCCUGUUUCCAGCUGCCCGUGCCCAUGUUCCUGCCGGUGACCCUGGAUAACGCAGAGAGCAUUGUGGAGACCAUCCAGGACAUCAAGGAGAAGAUCCCCUCUGACCCGUUCGAGGCCGACCUCAUUCUCAUGGCCGAGAUGGUGGCCGAGGAGGGGAGAGAGAAGUCCCCGGAGCGACCCCCUGAAAGACCCCCAGCCCCAGCAGUACAAGACGGUAACCAGGGGAGGGAGACAGGGAGUGGGAUGAAACCUGGGUCAUGUUCAUUAGGAACCAAAUGGAAGAAAACAGACUGAAAAGGGGAGGGACUACCUGGAUUUGCUAAACAUGUUCUGUUGCGUGGCCUAAUGAACAUGAGCCAUUUGGGUAAUCAGAGUUAAACAGUGGUUACUGUCUUUGAGCCUGUGAGACUCCCUCUAUGGCUUCAUAGGGCCAAGCUACAGUGGGGAAAAAAAGUAUUUAGUCAGCCACCAAUUGUGCAAGUUCUCCCACUUAAAAAGAUGAGAGAGGCCUGUAAUUUUCAUCAUAGGUACACGUCAACUAUGACAGACAAAAUGAGAGAAAAAAAUCCAGAAAAUCACAUUGUAGGAUUUUUUAUGAAUUUAUUUGCAAAUUAUGGUGGAAAAUAAGUAUUUGGUCAAUAACAAAAGUUUCUCAAUACUUUGUUAUAUACCCUUUGUUGGCAAUGACACAGGUCAAACGUUUUCUGUAAGUCUUCACAAGGUUUUCACACACUGUUGCUGGUAUUUUGGCCCAUUCCUCCAUGCAGAUCUCCUCUAGAGCAGUGAUGUUUUGGGGCUGUCGCUGGGCAACACAGACUUUCAACUCCCUCCAAAGAUUUUCUAUGGGGUUGAGAUCUGGAGACUGGCUAGGCCACUCCAGGACCUUGAAAUGCUUCUUACGAAGCCACUCCUUCGUUGCCCGGGCGGUGUGUUUGGGAUCAUUGUCAUGCUGAAAGACCCAGCCACGUUUCAUCUUCAAUGCCCUUGCUGAUGGAAGGAGGUUUUCACUCAAAAUCUCACGAUACAUGGCCCCAUUCAUUCUUUCCUUUACACGGAUCAGUCGUCCUGGUCCCUUUGCAGAAAAACAGCCCCAAAGCAUGAUGUUUCCACCCCCAUGCUUCACAGUAGGUAUGGUGUUCUUUGGAUGCAACUCAGCAUUCUUUGUCCUCCAAACACGACGAGUUGAGUUUUUACCAAAAAGUUAUAUUUUGGUUUCAUCUGACCAUAUGACAUUCUCCCAAUCCUCUUCUGGAUCAUCCAAAUGCACUCUAGCAAACUUCAGACGGGCCUGGACAUGUACUGGCUUAAGCAGGGGGACACGUCUGGCACUGCAGGAUUUGAGUCCCUGGCAGCGUAGUGUGUUACUGAUGGUAGGCUUUGUUACUUUGGUCCCAGCUCUCUGCAGGUCAUUCACUAGGUCCCCCCGUGUGGUUCUGGGAUUUUGUGGUCUUGUGAUCAUUUUGACCCCACGGGGUGAGGUCUUGCGUGGAGCCCCAGAUCGAGGGAGAUUAUCAGUGGUCUUGUAUGUCUUCCAUUUCCUAAUAAUUGCUCCCACAGUUGAUUUCUUCAAACCAAGCUGCUUACCUAUUGCAGAUUCAGUCUUCCCAGCCUGGUGCAGGUCUACAAUUUUGUUUCUGGUGUCCUUUGACAGCUCUUUGGUCUUGGCCGUAGUGGAGUUUGGAGUGUGACUGUUUGAGGUUGUGGACAGGUGUCUUUUAUACUGAUAACAAGUUCAAACAGGUGCCAUUAAUACAGGUAACGAGUGGAGGACAGAGGAGCCUCUUAAAGAAGAAGUUACAGGUCUGUGAGAGCCAGAAAUCUUGCUUGUUUGUAGGUGACCAAAUACUUAUUUUCCACCAUAAUUUGCUAAUAAAUUCAUAAAAAAUCCUACAAUGUGAUUUUCUGGGAAAAAAAUCUCAAUUUGUCUGUCAUAGUUGACGUGUACCUAUGAUGAAAAUUACAGGCCUCUCAUCUUUUUAAGUGGGAGAACUUGCACAAUUGGUGGCUGACUAAAUACUUUUUUUCCCCACUGUAUAGCUGUGAGAGCUUGUUAUAACUGGGGUUUCUUGGCACUUCCACCAAGUCUCUUUUAAAAGCAAUUUACAGCUGAAUGACAGUCUAAAAAGCUGUUCUUAAUUAGAAUUCCGCAUUAUGACUUCAGGUAAUAUAUCAGUUAUUUUCACUGAGGACAUAUUCUCCUUUGCAGCAACAACCUGGGGAAUACUUGCAGGGGAGGGGAGAGGGGAGGGGAUGAAUGAGCCAAUUGGACAGCUAGGGGUGAUUUGGUGGCCAUGAUGGUAUGUGGGACAGGUUGGGACUUUAAGGACUAUGUAGUAACAAUAGUUUCUGGUACUUACCUCAAAUAAUUCAACGCAAUAGUAACUACCUGGUACAUGGUGAUAUCAAUGAAUCUCAAAGAAACUGAAAUGUAAUUAAUAUCACAAUUUUAACGAGUACUUCCUACUUAACUGUCGAGUAAAUAACGGGAUGUAAAAUAGAGGGUUACCGAUGAAUAUUUUGAGAGCUGUCCCAUAACUUGAAUGCUUUUGUGUUUUCUGUCCGGGGACCAGACCAGGGCAGCACCUACAGUGGAGACCUGGACACAGACGAACUGAGCAACUUCCUCACCACUUGGGAUGACGAGCCACCCCCCACCCCCGGCGUCUCCUCGCGCCACAGUCGACCCUACGCCCACGAGAUGCUCCGACCCAUCGUGGACAUCAACGUCCCCGCCACCCCCCCACCCCCCAUCAUGGACAUAGAGGCUGACUUCCCAGUCCGUGAGUGAUGGUCGACUUCUACACCUCCCCAGAGUUAUCAGGGAUUCCUGAUUUGAGCAAUGGACCUGGUCUGUUAGAGGUUUUAGAUGUUUUUUCUGAAAUCUCCCAGUAUAACUUGUAGAAUACUUAUACCUUGGUUGAAGACUGUCAAUCUUUGUUGAGGGAAAGUAUAUGGUCAAAACAUAUUGUGACUUUAUAGUGAAUGGCUUCUAGCUCUAUAUUGUUCUGUUAUGUUUUUAACAUGUAACAAGCAUCAGUAAGUCAAACGCUUCUUUGAUACAACACACUACAAUUCAGCUGGCCUCAUUCUCAUAGUAGUCAGUUGUAUUCAAAUAUCUGCAUCGUUUUGUCAGAAACCCUGGAGCUGAUGGCCCAUUGGAGGGAUCAGGAGAGGGAUAGAAGUCCCAGUCCACCUCCUUCUCCUCCACGACGAAGAGCCAGAAGGAAAGCUCGGGAUGGCUUGCCACAGAAGAAAAAGGUAAGAGGAUAAAUAAGACCCCUUUCAAAAAGCGCCAUCAGCAAUUUUAUUUCCAUAUUUCAACUCCCAGCAGUGCUCCUCUUUAAAAUGUCUUAACAUUUCCCUCAUUCUUUGUAAAUAUUUUGUCUGUGGGUGCGUGUUUCUCCCCCGUUGACCCCACAGAAGCGUAAGUCGAGAGCAGCAGAGACUGCGUCAGCGGUGCCGUCGCUGAGUGCGGCCAAGUGUGACGUGGUGCCCGGCGAGCCCCCCAAACUGCAGCACAUGUACGGGGUGGACGCCUGGAAGAGAUGGGUCCAGUGGAGCAAGACCCAGCCUGACCUGGAGAAGCCUCGAUUUGGCUGUGAGUCUGCUCACUGAUACACUUGUGCAUGCACGUGCACACACCCUGCCCUGACCAUAUCACGCUCACACACAGACAAACAUGACUAUUAUAACUAUCAAUUUUUAUUCAUUUCCUGAAACCCUGAUAUCACACAUUUUGUUGCUUUGCUUCUUCCUUAUUCACUGCGUCUUUAUAGAAUUAAACCUACCUCUUAAUUGCCAAUGGGAAUCAUUUAACUCAGUACGCUGAAUAACGUUCUGUUCCCCCCGUUACAGCGCGGCCAAUGGAGAUAAAGGAGGAUGUUUUAAAGUGUACUACAGCAGAGCUGGGCUACGGUCUCUGUCGGUUUAUCUGUGAAGUUAAACGACCCAACGGAGAGUCCUACAGCCAGGACAGUCUGUUCUAUCUCUGCCUCGGCAUCCAGCAGGUAGGACACACACACUCUCUCACUUCUGAUGAUAUCAUUUUGUUAAUUGCCCAUCUUUCUGCAGUACUUAUUUCAGAAUGGGCGCAUGGAGAACAUAUUCACUGAUCUCUUCUAUGGCAAGUUCACACUGGAGAUCACCAAGCUGCUGAAAGACUUCAAACCUACCAUAACGGCCAGUGGUAAGAAAACACAUACACACACUUGUAAACACAGUUUAUAGCGCAAAAGUUGUAAUAAGGCUUCCACUGUUGUGAAUGACCUCUCUCUUAUUCCAUCUAUCAUCCUUCACCUUAACACUCACAUUCUCUCCCUCUCUUGCUUUCCUUUCAUGUAUUUGAGGGCGUUGAGUUUGUGGUAUGUGUUAUUAGUAUGCUUAUUAAAGGUCUUUAAUGUUGGAAUCUCUCUCCCAGGCUACCUGCACUCGCGGGUGGAGGAGGAGUACCUGUGGGACUGUAAACAGCUGGGAGCCUACUCUCCCAUCGUGCUGCUCAACACGCUGCUCUUCUUCUGCACCAAGUUCUUCCAGUUCAAGACGGUGGCCCAGCACCGCCAGCUCUCCUUCGCCCACGUCAUGCGCUGCACCAAGUCCAUCCACGACAACACCAAGUCCAACUUCCUUCGCUUUUACCCACCCAUCCCCAAGAAGGACCUCGCAACGGAGACAGCAGGUGCUUCGCCUAUUUGGUUUUCUCCUCCUUUACUCUGGAGCGAUUUCAGAGCCAACAGAAACUGUAUUUGAAUUCAAGAUAAUUUUUUUUGUAAUGCACAAAUUGAAUCAUUGAAUCCAUUAAUUGACCUUGUAUUUCAUGAUUUGAAACUGAAUUAGAUGAAUAGUGCAUUCAGUUUUAAUAUUUAAUUCAAUUUUCUAAUGUAAUAUUUAUACAGUGCAUUCGGAAAGAAUUCAGACCACUUCCCUUUUUUCCUCAUUUUGUUACGUUACAGCAUUACUAUAAAAUGGAUUUUAAAAAUGUAAUCUACACACAAUACCCUAUAAUGACAAAGCAAAAACAGCUUUUUGAAAUUUUUGCAAAUGUUUUAAAAAUAAAAUACCUUAUUUACAUAAGUAUUCCGACCCAUUGCUGAGAGACUCGAAAUUGACCUCCGGUGCAUCCUGUUUCCAUUGAUCAUCCUUGAGAUGUUUCUACAACUUGAUUCUAUUGAUUGGACAUGAUUUGGAAAGCACACACCUGUCUAUGUAAGGUUCCACAGUUGACAGUGCAUGUCAGAGCAAAAACCAUGCCAUGAGGUCGAACUAAUUGUCCGUAGUGCUCCGAGACAGGAUUGUGUCCAGGCAAAGAUCUGGGGAAGGGUACCAAAACAUUUCUGCAGCAUUGAAGGUCCCCAAGAACACAGUGGCCUCCAUCAUUCUUAAAUGGAAGAAGUUUGGAACCACCAAGACUCUACCUAGAGCUGGCCGCCCGGCCGAACUGAGCAAUCGGGGGAGAAGGGCCUUGGUCAGGGAGGUGACCAAGAACCCAAUGGUCAUUCUGAAAGAGCUCCAGAGUUCCUCUGUGGAGAUGGGAGAGCCUUCCAGAAGAACAACCAUCUCUGCAGCAAUCCACCAAUCAGGCCUUUAUGCUUGAGUGGCCAGAUGGAAGCCACUCCUCAGUAAAAGGCACAUGACAGCCCGCUUGGAGUUUGCCUAAAGGCACCUAAAGGACUCUCAGACAAUGAGAAACAAGAUUCUCUGGUCUGAUGAAACCAAGAUUGAACUCUUUGGCCUGAAUGCCAAGCAUCACGUCUGGAGGAAACCUGGCACCAUCCCUACGGUGAAGCAUGGUGGUGGCAGCAUCAUGUUGUGGGAAUGUUUUUCAGUGGCAGGGACAGGGAGACUAGUCAGGAUUGAGGCAAAGAUGAACGGAGCGAAGUACAAAGAGAUCCUUGAUGAAAACCUGCUCAGGUCCUCAGACUGGGGUGAAGGUUCACCUUCCAAUAGGACAACGACCUUAAGCACACAGCAAAGACAAAGCUGGAGAGGCUUCGGGACAAGUCUCUGAAUGUCUGAGUGGCCCAGCCAGAGCCCGGACUUGAACCAAAUCUAACAUCUCUGGAGAGACCUGAAAAUAGCUGCACAGAUACGCUCCCCAUCCAACCUGACAGAGCUUGAGAGGAUCUACAGAGAAGAAUGGGAGAAACUCCCCAAAUACUUGUGUGCCAAGCUUGUAGCGUCAUACCCAAGAAGACUCGAGGCUGUAAUCGCUGCCAAAGGUGCUUCAACAAAGUACUGAGUAAAGGGUCUGAAUACUUAUAUAAAUGUUACAUUUCAGUUUUUUUUAAUACAUUUGCAAAAUUUUCUAAACCAGUUUUUGCUUUGUCAUUAUGGGGUAUUGUGUGUAGAUUGAUGAGGGGGGAAAAACGAUUUAAUCCAUUUUAGAAUAAGGAUGUAACGUAACAAUGUGGUAAGAGUCAAGGGGUCUGAUUACUUUCCGAAUGCACUGUAAGUGGACAUUAUAAAAGGCCAUAUUUUUUUCAAAUUAAACAAUGGCCAAUUUUAGUCGCAGUUGCAUGUUUUUUUUGGUCAAAACAAAUAGGUAAUGUGUAGCCCGCAAAUCCGUUUUUUUUUUUAUAUCGCCCGUGCGCUGAUUGAGUUUGACACCCCUGGGAAAUCUAUUUAUGUAGCUAUUUAUUUAGCAAGUUAAAAACACAGAGCCUAACGUUGCUAGCUAGCUAGCUAUGCUGAUCUUGAACGACUAUUAUCCACAGUUAGCAUAUCUCUUAGUUGUAUUUGGCAGGCAGGCAAGUUCCCAUUCAGUUGUCAACAUGGGUUGGAACAAGCAUGCAUUGGCAGGCAAGCUGCAGAAGGACGAGCAGGCUACUAUUCUGCCAUCAUUUAUCAGUGCAAUUUUGACGGCCAACUCGCUGAAAAAGUUUUAGAGCGUUUAUCUAGUAUCUACCCUCGUUAGAUUUUAGCUCAUCUCGCUCUGGCUAGCAUAAGUUGUUGAUCUUGUUGUUAAUGUGCAUAGGCAACUGAGGGAGAGAGCCUACCUUUUAUGGUUGUUUUAUCAAUAGGACUGUGACCUAUGUUUCUGUUGUCAUGUGAGAGAUGUGUGUGUUGUCCUCAAGGUUUCUUCCUACCUAGGGAGUUCUUCCCUUGCGACUGUUGCCUUGGCUAACUCUUUAGGAGAUUUAAGUGUGGGUUGUUGUUUUUACUAAUGCAUUUAGUAAAAUGAUAUAGAUCAGAUUUCAUUCAUCUGUAAUCAUGGAUCUGUGUGUGUUGCAGAUGCAGACGGUGUGGCAGUGAAGAGGAAGAGAGAUGACGAGGAGAAAGAGGAGGUACUGGAGAUGAUGGAGAACAGUGAGAAUCCCCUCCGCUGUCCUGUCAGAUUGUACGAGUUCUACCUCUCCAAGUGGUGAGUGACACAUACACAAAUACUACAUACCUUUAAUCUGCCCAUUGUACAGACCAAUCUAACCUAGUAGUGUAACCUAAUAUUCUUGUUCUUGAAAUUGCUUUUCAAAACUCUGCUUUUCUGAGAUCUUUCCUCAUGUCAUUAAAAACGAGCCCCCUCUCACUCAGAGCUCUCCUCCUCACCCUGUUCUCUCCUCCAGCUCGGACUCAGUGAAGCAGCGCACCAACGUGUUCUUCCUGCUCCCGGAGCGCUCAUGCGUCCCCAACAGCCCCAUGUGGUUCUCCUCCCAGGGCCUGGACGACCACACCUUGGACACCAUGCUGACACGCAUCCUCACCGUCAGGGAGAUCCAUUUGGGAGACCCCCAGAGGAACGAGCCCCAGUCCAAGGACCCUGAGUGGACCCCCGACCAAGACAGUGCCGACUCUGAUUGA